UAGUCUCAAAUCUCUAUCCAAGUUCUUAAAAAUAUAAUCAUAACUCAUAAGUACUUUUAAAAAAAAAUAGUCCAAAUUUGAGGAGCAUUAUAUUUUAUUUUAUUUUAUUUUAUAAACUCUAGAUAUAGAUGUAAUAUUCGAAACAAAACGGAGUAAAAUGAAAAAGAAGAUAAAUUAUAAAGAAAUAAAUAUUUCUCUCCCUCUGCUUCCUCCCGUUGCAUCCGAAACUCAACGCCGCCGUUCAAGUGUUUUGAGCUUACCCUGUCGGAGAAAUUUGUCCAAAAGAAACGGAGAGACAAGAGAAAAUCUUCCUCCUUCGCGUGGCAUAAGCGAAGUCUAUAAAAUGGUAUCACUGCGCGGAUAGAGGAUCGUGAAGAGUUUAGACUCAAAUGGAGCGAGAAAAACCGUGCGUAGCUGGAGGAUCGGAGAAGGAUGCUUCCGCUUGUUGGAGAGUCCUCGAAUUCUACAGCGGGAUCGGCGCAAUGAGGUACUCCUUGAUGCGGGCUGGUAUUCCAGGAUGCAUAGUGGAAGCUUUCGACAUCAACAACAUCGCCAACGACGUCUACGAGCACAACUUUGGCCAUCGCCCCUUCCAGGGAAACAUCCAAAUUUUGUCACCGAUUGAUUUAGACAAGUAUGAAGCACAUGCAUGGCUUCUCUCUCCUCCAUGCCAACCUUACACUAGACAAGGCUUGAAGAAAGACUCAACUGAUGCUAGAUCAUUUUCAUUCAUCAAGAUCCUUGAGAAUAUGCCACAUAUGAAGCAUCCUCCCCUAAUGCUAUUUGUGGAGAAUGUUGUCGGGUUUGAGACUUCAAAUACACACAGGCAUAUGAUGGAAGUGUUGGCAGGAAUUGGCUUUGUCACCCAAGAAUAUAUUUUGAGUCCAUUGCAAUUUGGAAUCCCAUACUCUAGACCUCGGUACUUUUGCCUGGCUAAAAGAGAACCUUUUGCUUUUAGGAAUCCGUGCUUCAAUAACUCAAUUCUUUGCACACCAUCUCCCUUCAUUUUAUCCGAGGAUGCUUACUCCACAAAUAAGCUUGAUGAAGCAAAUAUAAACCAUGAAAACUUUGAGUCUGUUUGUCAGCCUAUCAUGACCUUUCUGGAAACAGAUUUGUUUGCCCAAAAUCAACAAGAGUGCAUGAGAGAGGUUGUUGUUUCCAUGGUGGAGUCUGAAUAUGAUACUGAUCAAACACCAAGUACAACUAAACACUUGCAGACCACUGACAUUGAUAAAGUUUAUGAAGAGGCUGAAGAAGGUGAAACUUGCAUAAAUUCUUGGAACACAUAUUUUGUUCCACCAAGUUUGAUCGAAAGAUGGGGAAGUGCCAUGGAUAUCGUCUUCCCAGAGUCUAAGCGCUGUUGUUGUUUUACCAAGAGUUAUUUUCGUUAUGUAAAGGGCACUGGGUCCUUAUUGGCUACUUGUGGGCACACUAACUCAAGGCUUGAAGCAAUCUCCUUGAAAGACCUUGGACUUCGUUAUUUUACUCCUCGAGAGGUUGCUAAUUUUCAUUCUUUUCCUCUGGAUUUUCAAUUUCCAUCACAUGUAAACUUGAGGCAAAGGUACGCCUUGUUGGGAAACAGUAUGAGUGUUGCUGUCGUGGCUCCAUUACUCCAAUAUCUUUUCAGCGAACCUACAUAAUAUCAUCAAUGUGCACUUAUCCAGCACUUAUCCGCGCAAAAGAUGAAAAUCAUGCUUAGUCCUGUAUCAUCCAUCUCUUUAUUCACACUUUUUAGGUCUUGUUCUAAGUUUAUAAAUUGAAGAGUUGGUUUUUAAAUUUUUUCAAAUGCUUGUCGAAUUUUCUUUAGCUCGUUGGCCCUCCUGUACUAUUUGAAUGGUAUAGUAGGUGGUAUUGCAGCUGCCAUCUAGCACUUUCGGAUGUUCCUUCAUCUUCAAACAGUCAGUUUAUGGCCUCCAUGUAUUUAAGGGGGCAAUUGCAUCCUUUAAGAGAGACGCUAUAAACUUGCAAAAAUGGUGGUUUUUCAUUA